GACGCGACAACACCUGUGGGAAAAGUUUGCCUUAAAACUGCGCAGUCACGUUAGGUACAAACUUUCAAUCACAAUCAGACAUGGGAACAAGAAUCCCCAUCUACGUCCUCCUGCUGUCCCUACCGUCCAUCCUAGCGCAGGUCGCCCUCCCUCCCCGACCCCUGGGGUUUGUUUACAACCAUGGAAGUCUCGAGGCCAAAGUUCACCUUGACCUUUACAUCGACCUGAUUUGUCCAGACAGCCGGGCAGCCUAUCCGACGAUCAAGCAAGUGGCCGAAAACCUGGGACCAUCCAACCUUCGUCUGACCGUCUACAUCUUCCCCCUGCCAUAUCACCAGAACUCCUUCUAUGUAUCAAAGGCAACAUUUGUCGUCCACAAACUGUCUAACGGCACGAAAACAUUUGACUGGAUCGAGAAGGUGAUGCUAGACAACCUUGACCUUCUCACUGACGGCGAGUUCCACAACAAGUCAGACGCCGACCUGCUCAGCAUGAUGGCACCAUGGGCGGAGUCUCUGGGACUGGACAAAGACCACUUCACUACACUCGUGGACAGAAGAAAUCGAAAUGAGUUUGAACUUUAUCCCAGAUACAUGUUCAAAUACGCCUGUACACGGGGCGUGGCUGGCACCGCCACUUACUUCAUUAACGGUUUCGCCAACAGCGUCCCCAAGGCCGACUGGUUGCUGUCAACCUGGAUGGAUUAUCUUAAUCCGCUGUUUGCCCCGCAGGCUUUCGACCUCAUGCCGGUAGGCUAACGUGACGUCAAUUAAAAAUGCCGUGUCCAUGAGUCUUGUCCCCAAAUUUAUUUUAGCAGCUUCGAUACUCGUCCUCAGCAAGAACAGUCUGGUAUUUUAAAAACUACAACAACACAAUCAACAAACUGUAACAACCGCAGCAACAAAUUGUAACAGCGACAGUAACAUUAACAACAAACUGUAACAAUUGCGGCCACACCAUCACCAAAUUGUAACAGCGACAGUAACAUUAACAACAAACUGUAACAAUUGCGGCCACACCAUCACCAACUUGUAACAGCGACAGUAACAUUAACAACAAACUGUAACAAUUGCGGCCACACCAUCACCAACUUGUAACAGCGACAGUAACAUUAACAACAAACUGUAACAAUUGCGGCCACACCAUCACCAACUUGUAACAGCGACAGUAACAUUAACUACAGAUAGUAACAACCGCUUCACACUUUCAACGUACUGCCUACUUGUGAUGUACACAAAGUGCCACCAUAUUUGUUGUUUACUUUUAUUUUCAUCAACAUUGUCAAUUCCUCAAAUAAAACUCUAUGUCGUUACAGAGAC